AUGGACAGCCCCUCACAGAGAGGAAUAAACGCCUUACAACAAUUUUACGGCAAUCGGAAAUCCCUUCGAUGGGUAGUUUUUCUGGUCAUCGCCGCCCUCACAACCCUGUAUCUAACAGGUCAAAGUUACACCCCAUCGAGCACUGGGACACACAAGGCCAGCAAGUCUCGAGCCAAAUAUCUUUCACCAGCGAAACUCCUAGAACGACCGAUUUCCAAAGAUCUGCAGACAAUACCCAAACUCUUCCACCAGAGUUGGUCUAGCAACGAACUGCCCGCGAAAUUCGAACGAUGGAGCGCCACUUGCAGGAGAGCACACCCGGACUGGGAGUGGGUGCUGUGGACUGACAAGGACAAUGAAGAGCUGGUGAAAACACAUUUCCCGUGGCUGUUGAAGACAUACAAGGCCUUGCCAGGCGUCAUCUACCGUGCGGACCUGGUGCGGAAUCUGUACAUGCACAUGUUCGGAGGUGUCUACGCCGACCUCGACGUCGAAUGCCUCCUACCAUCCGACCACCUUUUCAAGACUUACAACGUCUCGACCGUAUCACACGCAAAGCCCCGACCGCUAACAACACACGACAUGCACAAGAGCGGUCGGAAAGCCUUCUUCGGCAGGAUGGGCACAGACGACUCUUUCGACAACUCGGUCCCGAAUGCAUGGAUGGCGUCCACACCAGGCCACCCAUUUUUCCUGCUGCUAGUCGAAUCCGUCAUGAAGCAAGUAGCCGAGGGGCCCGAGAACUGGUCUGCAGAAGCCAUCACGGGCCCCGCGAAGCUGUUCUAUACCAUCGGCGAGUACAGCGAGAAGGAGGGCAAGUACUCGGGCGAGCUGCUCGACAAGCACGUCGCGAAGAACCCAGCCGCGAAGCAGUUCACCCCGCGGAAGGGUCUGGGCCAUGCUGUUGAAGUGCUGCCGUUCCAGUAUAUUUAUCCCUACUCGUGGCAGCGGGACGGCGAGGCGUUCCGCGAUUUCUGCUGGGCGACCAAGAAGUCAUUUAAUGCAACCAAAUGCAAGCAGCUGCUGGCGACCGAUCGCUGGCCGAGUUAUGCCAUCACGUACUGGAGCCAUACCUGGACCGGCGAGGGCCAUGAUGAAGGCAAUCUUGCUCAAAUCGAGCAAAAUUGA